AUGGGCACCAAUCUGGGGUCGAUCGCUGCCUUCAUUUUUUAUGGUAUCUGUUUCACCGUGAUCGGGGGCCACGAAAUUUUCAUCCUCAACCGCCUGGGCUAUAUCUAUGGAUAUUUCGACGGGAAAAAGCAUGUUCGAGACAGCGUGGCUCGGAUUGGCGGCGCAAGGCCUAUCGCGGCUCUCCUCUUAGCCUCGACGUUGCGGCCGAUGCUGAUUGUCUGGCUGCGGUACGAUCAUCGCACGAGUCCGGCCUCCAUGAGCUGGACGUGGCUCCCUGUUGAAAUUGGCCUUUAUGCGCUAGUGUUCGACUUCUGGUUUUACUGCUACCACCGGAUCAUGCACGAGACCAGCCUAUGGGCAUACCACAAGACGCACCACCUCGCGAAGCACCCGUGUACUCUGCUCUCGCUUCAUACUGGGAUUAUGGAAUGGAUCUAUGAAACUGCCGGGCUUCCUACAGCCACACUCCUCAGCCUUAAAUGCAUGGGGCUACCGAUGGGGUUCUAUGAGUUUUGGGUAUGCGAAUUAUACGUGCUGUGGUUUGAGCUGGGAGCCCACAGCGGGAUUCGAAUCAAUGCCUCGCCACCCACCCCAUUGUUCUGGCUGCUCAAGCUGUUCAAUGUCGACAAUUCGAUUGAGGACCAUGACCUCCAUCACCGGGCCGGUUGGAAGCUAAGCUACAACUACGGCAAGCAGAGCCGGCUGUGGGAUCGCCUCUUCGGCACUUCCCGCACGCGCAUCGAGAGUGUGCCUGAUAACAUUGACUAUUCUAACCCGGCGUCAUUUCCGCUCUUUUGA